AUGGCGACACCAAGCACCUACGAAAGAAAGGUCGCAGAGGAUGUUAUCGAGGCACCACGACCUGCUGAUGACUAUGAGCCGGAGCAGAAAAUGGACAUUCUCGAGGCACGCGAGAUCUUCCACGACGAGAAUGAGGGUGUCAAGUUUCGGACGGUGAGCUGGCAGCGCGCCGCCAUCAUCUUCUUGAAGAUUCAGUUCGCAAUGAGCAUUCUUGCGGUCCCUGGGGCUCUCGCAACUCUGGGGGCCGUCGGCGGGGCGUUGUCCAUUGUGGGUUGGGAGGUGCUCAAUACCUAUACUGCUGUCGUGCUGGGCGAUUUUCGCAACAGACAUCCCGAAUGCCAUACUCUUGCUGAUAUGUGUGGGCAUAUCUGGGGAAGAAUGGGCAAAGAGCUUGUCUCGCUUCAGAUCCUCGUCGCGCAGGUCUUGAUCACGGCCGCUGGUAUAGUAUCCUGCUCAACUGCGUUCAACGCCCUCUCGGAACACGGCGCUUGCACUGUCGUGUUCAGCUUCGUGUCGGCGGUGCUGAUAACCAUGUUCUCCUCCGUGCGGACCUUUUCGCGCCUGGGCUGGCUUACGUGGAUGGGAUUCACGACCUUCUUCAUCGCGGUCUUCAUUUUCGUGGUUGCCGUGACGCAGCAAGACCGGCCUGCUGCUGCGCCACCGACGGGAGACUUUAAUCUCGGCGCCAACAUCUUCAUCAGCGGAAGCGGCUCGUCGAUGUACUUGCCUGUCAUCUCGGAGAUGAAGAAGCCCCGUGACUACCGCAAGGCUGCGAUCGUCGCUGGUAUCUUGGUGGGCGCCAUGUACUUGACCUUUUCGCUCGUCAUAUAUCGCUACUGCGGUAUUUGGCUGGCGACGCCGGCUUUUGGAAGUGCCGGCACCCUCUUCAAGAAGAUCUCGUAUGGGAUCGCUUUGCCGGGGCUUGUCAUUGGUGUCGGUAUCUACCAGCAUGUUGCGGCCAAGCUGAUCUUUGUGCGCAUCCUGCGGAACUCAUCCCAUCUCCAGGCAAACACAGUCGUGCACUGGUCAACCUGGCUUGGAAGUAAUCUUAUCCUCGGGAUUCUCGGCUUCAUCAUCGCCGAAGCUGUGCCUAUCCUCAACUACUUGUUGGGUCUUGCAGGCUCGUUGUGCUUUGCACCAUUCAGCUUGAUAUUCCCGGCCAUGCUCUGGAUGUACGACUUCAAGGGCUACAGGAGCGGAAGUACUGUGCAGAAGCUGUCCUACGGGGCACAUAUCAUGAUCGUCCUUGUGGGGCUGUUCAUGGUCGUUGGCGGCACGUACGGUGUUGCUGUUUCCAUCAGGGAUGCCUUUGACAACGGGUUAAUCUCAAAGGUGUUUGACUGUGCCGACAACUCGGGGACGAUUUCUUGA